AUGGGUAAAGAGAAUGAGUUGGAGAUUACAAAUAGCGGAGUCAGUGAUCACGAUUCUCCAACUAUCAAGAAAGAAGAACAUGAGGCACCACGUUACAGCUCAGACAAAGACUCAGGUUUACCAACUUGCCGUGUGUGCCAAUGUGCUGAAUCCGACAGAAGAGGAGAUGCUGCUUUAGGGUUUCUAGGUAUCACUCCUCCUGUUACAGAACCUCGUAGAAGCAAUGCGGAGGAAGAAACUGUUCUUGAUCAGAAAAGCUCCUCUGUUGUCAAACCAAGCGGAUUCAUCGAGCUGAUAAGUCCGGACGGAGAAGUUUUCGUCUGCGCGAACGAGGACAUAGAAAUGGGAGCUUGGAAGCAUCGAGACACGUUGCUAGAGCUCGGAUGUUCUUGCAAGAACGAUCUCGCUUUGGUACACUACGCUUGCGCGUUGAAAUGGUUUGUCAACCACGGAUCAACCAUCUGCGAGAUCUGUGGAUACAUCGCUGUGAAUAUAAGUACGGUUGAUUUCAACAAAGUGGUUGUCGCGUUGAGAGACUACGCAGCGCUGAGAGAAAGAACGGCUGAUGGAGAUCCGAAUCCUGUGGCGGUUAGCAACAGCAGCAAUACGAGCUCUUCAGGGAUAGAUCCUGAUGCUGUUGCAGCCAUUCGAAGGCAACGGCUUAGUGAGAUAUCUUUAUGGUUUGGUCCACAUUGCCCUAACAACAACAACAAUUAUAGUAGUAAUUCGGCUGCUGCUACGGCUGCAUCUUCUCAGGUUGCUUCUGAACAACCUUUGGGUAUGGUGAGCGUUGAUAUCUUGCCUAUGGAGAACAGAGCGACUAAAUGGGCUGUUGAAGGUACUGGGAUACUUCUUGCUACCGGUUUACUCACUGUUACUUUGGCUUGGCUCAUUGCUCCUCGUGUCGGAAAGAGAACUGCUAAAAGUGGACUUCACAUACUCCUCGGUGGUCUCUGUGCUUUGACAGUAGUCAUCUUCUUCAGAUUUGUAGUGCUGACAAGAAUCAGGUAUGGACCAGCACGUUACUGGGCAAUCUUGUUCGUCUUCUGGUUUCUUGUGUUUGGCAUUUGGGCUUCACGUUCUCACGCUUCUUCUCACUCCUCCACUUGA